AUGGAAGACCUUCCAAUGAAUGAUACGAGUCCUGACAAGUUUAAGGAGCCCAUUGAAUACUUCGCCGACCUUACUUCUGAUGCUGCAGCAGACCAUCAGCCCAAGGAAAGGGAGCAGAGUAUGGACGACUCAGGACCCUCAACGCCUGCGCAUGACAUGGAUCCGCUCGAGGACAGUGACAAAAUUCGAGUCAUCAAGCCCUACGAUAUCGAAGAGCCUGAUGAUGAGUUAGAAACUAGCCUACCCAGGGUAGAUCGACUAUGCCUCCCGGAUCGGUUCGAACGAUGGCAGCGCGACUUGACAGACUACCUGAAUGACAUGGGCUACGAACCCGAUGGAUCGAAUAGCAAUACAAUUAUUUCGGCGCGAAAGAGAGGACAGAAGAGAAAGCCAGCCCACAACACUCUCGCUACACAACAAUGCUACCCGUUUUUCGCACAAGGACAUGCGUCGGCCGAGACCCAGACCGAGGUUCAUGAGCAUCGUCCCAAAAGGCAAAGGUUUAGCGAAAUUCCAAAGUGGCAUGCUCAAGACAUAGACUCAUUUGGCGCUUUCCGGGAAGCCAACGAGAAUGAAAGCUCCGGUUCGGAGACAGCAUCGAUCGACUUGAACGGCAACGACCCCAUGAACAACUGGCCCAUGGCCGAUGAGAUGGAUAUCGACUGA